AUGGUCAUGGACGCCAGGGACGCCCUGCCGCACGCCUCGCGCUUCGGGCACCGCACCUUCCCCAAGGAGAUGGCGGACGUGGCCUGGUACCCGGGCGACGAGUUCGGCACGCUCUGGCAGCCCGUGGCCCCCAUCGCGCACCUCGACGGCUACCACCACUACCGCAACCGCAGCGCGGGGGCGUCGCCGCACUACAUGGGCGGCGGCUACCACCACCACGUGCUGCCGGACGACCAGGUGCUGAGCUCCGCCGACAACCUCCUCGUCGGCAACGGCGUGCACGGCGUCGCCGGCGUCAACGGCGUCAUCGGCGACCGCUGCUGGCUCAUCGGCUACCCGCGCCACUGCGCGUCCGAGGUGAACGUGGCCGCCGGGCUGUGGGAGAACCUGGAGAUGGCCGACGGCGAGGACUCGGACGUGCACGACGACGCGCACCCCCACGCCGCCAGGCUUGACGCCAGGCCCAAGCGCGGCGGGCUGACGCUGGCUCGCCCGUCGUGCCCCUACCAGUGCCGCUGCCCCUGCGACCACCGCGAGGGCCGCGAGGGCCGCGACAGGGACGCCUCGGCCGCGCAGCCGCAGCCGCUCGCCCCCACCACCUUCAGGACGGACGAGAUCACGGCCUACCCGGCGGACAUCGGCAUCAAGAGCCGCCAGGAGGUGACCUUCUACCCGCGGCGCCGCGGCUCCAACUCGUCGUCCUCCACGUCCGUGUUCUCGCUGACGUCGAAGCACCGCCUGUUCAUCAUGGUGCUGCUGCUGCUGGCCGCCGCCACGGGCAUCGGCGUGCCCAUCGCCAUGCGCAUCCAGGCCGGCGCCUCGCUCGAGGAGCGCCUCGAGAUGGCGGCACGCCUGCUGCGGGAGACGCCGCUCAUUGACGGGCACAACGACCUGCCCUGGAACAUCCGGCAGUACGUGCACAACAAGCUGCACAACUUCCGCUUCAGCAGCGACCUCCGGCAGGUGGCGCCCUGGGGCACGUCCAGCUGGUCGCACACGGACCUGCCGCGCCUCCGGAAGGGCCACGUCGCCGCGCAGUUCUGGGCGGCGUACGUGCCGUGCCAGGCGCAGUUCCGGGACGCCGUGCAGCUGACGCUGGAGCAGGUGGACUUGAUUAAGAGACUGACGGAGCGCUACAACCCGCACCUCACUUGGUGCACCUCGACCGACCACAUCCGGGAGGCGCACUCGCUGUCCCAGGUGUGCUCGCUGGUCGGCGUGGAGGGCGGCCACUCCCUGGGGAACUCGCUGGCCGUGCUGCGCAUGCUGUACGACGUGGGCGUGAGGUACCUCACCCUCACCAGCACCUGCAACACCCCGUGGGCGGACUCGGCCCAGGUGGAGGAGCCUGGCUUCAGCCCGGAGCACGGAGGACUGACGAACUUCGGCAGGACGGUGGUCAAGGAGAUGAACCGGCUGGGCAUGCUGGUGGACCUGUCCCACGUGUCGGUGGCCACGAUGCGCGAUGCACUGGAAGUGAGCCGGGCGCCCGUCUUCUUCAGCCACUCGUCCGCCAGGGCGCUGUGCAACUCGAGCCGCAACGUGCCGGACCACAUCCUGGCCAACCUGGCAAACAACAGGGGGCUGGUCAUGGUCAACUUCUACUCCCACUUCUUGUCCUGCAGCGAGUUCUCCACCGUGGAGGACGCCGUCGCCCACAUCAACCACAUCAGGGACGUGGCCGGGGUGGACCACGUGGGCCUCGGCGCGGGAUUCGACGGCAUCAACGCGACGCCGCAGGGCCUGGAGGACGUGUCCAGCUACCCGGUCCUCUUCGCCGAGCUGAUCCGCUCCGGGAAGUGGUCCGCCGAGGAUUUGAAGAAGCUGGCGGGGCAGAACUUUCUGCGCGUCAUGCGGGAAGUGGAAAAGGUCCGCGACGCCAUGAGCGAGAACAACGUGGGGCCGUUCGAGGACACGAUCGCCACCAAGCACCUCCGCGGCCGCAACAACUGCACCUCCGUGCUGCACCUGCCCAGGAUCCCGACGCAGCGCGACCACGGGCGCGCCAUGCCGCUGAGCAGCCCCGGCGUUAGUAGCAAUUAUACUGUUACCCCUAUGGAAGAAAAUCGUCUUUCUCUUAGAUUAAAAUCUUGA